AUCCAUUCUCAUAUGUGGUUCUGCUUGGUUCAUUUCACAAAAGAAGUGUGGGUGUAGGAAAGAUAGGGAUUUGGAAAGGGUGAUAUUGUUUGCUAGCGCAUGCAUGUUUGGCAACCCUUGAAAGAGGGUGCCAAGGUCGGCAAAUGCAGGGGCGUGCGGGAUGGUGUGGAUAGAUAAUGAGAUCUGGGUCUAUUAGGAAAACUGUGAAGGAGGACGAUGAUUUGUUGUUUGAGCGGGACUUGCUUGAGGAUUUGAAGGAGCAGUUAACUAUAUGGGUUUUGCUCAAAUGAGUGAGUUUGAUAAUUGAUACUUUAAUUUGCAGCCUUAUAAUCACAUAUUCUUAAGAAAGAAAUUCUUUGGAAACUUAUGUUUGUGGAAAUGAGAAAUCUUGAUUUUGUUACUUAUAUGUAGGAGGUUGAUAUCAAGGUGGAUUGUUAGAAUAAAUGUGUUUUUCAUUG